GACUUGGACAUGUAUAUAAGAAGCCAGGACACUCUUCAUCCAGCCUUCCUUCCUCCUGUCCUCUCCAUCCUCAACCGUUCUCUUCUCUUCUCAAGUGUCUCUCACUCGACUCUUCAUCCACCCAUAACUGCCAGCCAGUUUUCAGUCCCAUCCCGCCAUCAUGUUCGCAAAGACCCUCUCCAUUGUGGCCCUCGCCACGGCCGUCAGCGCCCACGGCCACGUCGCCACCAUCAUCGCCGACGGCGUCGAGUACACCGGCGGUCUCCCUCACAACGCGCCCGCAGACGCUGUCGGCUGGGCCGCCGCCAACCAAGACAACGGCUUUGUCGAGCCCAACGCUGCCGACACCCCCGAUAUCAUCUGCCACAAGAGCGCCACACCCGUCUCCAACGCCGCCGUCGUCUCGGCUGGCUCCUCCCUCACCCUCCAGUGGAACACCUGGCCCGUCUCCCACCACGGGCCCGUCAUUGACUACAUCGCCCCCGUCUCGGGUGACUUUGCCUCCAUCGACAAGACAUCCCUCCAGUUCGUCAAGCUCGACGAGGCUGGCCUCAACUCGGGCUCCAACCCGGGCGACUGGGCCUCGGACGACCUCAUCGCCAAUGGCAAUGCAUGGACCGUCGACAUCCCCGCCAGCCUCGCCCCGGGCAAGUACGUCCUCCGCCACGAGAUCAUCGCCCUCCACUCCGCUGGUCAGGUCAACGGCGCCCAGCUCUACCCCCAGUGCAUCAACAUUGAGGUCACGGGCUCCGGCUCCGCCACACCCAGCGGUGGCGCCCCCUUUACCACCUUCUACACACCCCAGGACCCUGGCAUCCUCUUCAACCUCUACCAGAGCUUUUCCUCCUACCCCAUCCCCGGCCCUGAUGUCUGGUCUGCAUAAGGGAGUGACAGUAAACUAUACGGAAACAUCUCUUGAUUGGCAGUGGACGCAUCUUCAUGACAUCUCGGGUGAGAUGCAGGAGCAUUGGACCUGGUGCCGGAUACAUAGAGACACUGAGGACCAUUCGCUUGUAUAUAGCUUUGUUGCGCAAUGGAACAUAUUCUUCACAUCA